UGGCCGAGCCGGAGUGAACUGAGGCGCUCAGCUGCCAACACUCACACACCGCCUGCCGCCGCCGCCGCGCUGCUCCCGGGCUCCGGGCAAGAGGGGAAGGGAAGGCAGAGGAGCAUAGGCGGGGGAAGUCAGAGCGGAGGGAAACGGGAGAAGGAACCUCCUCCCCGUGGCCAAAGGACUUCCAUGUAGCGGGAGACAGCGGGAGAAGGCUGGCGCUCCGGAACUGUGCGAGAAGCUCUCCGAGCAAGUUACUUAAUCCCUGAAGAGCAGCGGGAGGAGGGGACGGCACCGAGCUCUGUUGCCGAUCGUAGUCACUAUUCCCAGCCCCUCGUCGCUCGACCGCGGGCAGUUCAAUGCACUAUUCCAGGCUCUUUCUAGUUUCCUCCUCGGGCUAACUUCGGAGGACGCGCCGCCGCUGUCGCCCGGAGGUAAGGCGGAGAGCCUCGGAAGAAGGAAGGAGAAGUUUUGCGGGGGCUGCGCGCGGAGGAGCAGAAGAUGGGCUGGAAACGCCGCUGCUUCUGGGGAGGCGGAGGCGGCGGGGACCUUCUCUGCCGGCUAACCCUGGUGUUGGGGUUCCUGCUGCCCGCCUGCAGGACGCGCCUCUACACCAACCACUGGGCUGUGCGGAUAGCUGGGGGGCUGCCGGAGGCCAACCGGAUAGCUAGCAAAUACGGAUACGUCAAUAUAGGACAGAUUGGAACACUGAAGGAUUACUACCACUUUUACCAUAGUAAAACAAUUAAAAGGUCAGUUCUCUCGAGUAGAGGUACCCACAGCUUCAUUUCAAUGGAACCAAAGGUGGAGUGGAUACAACAGCAGGUGGUUAAAAGAAGGAUAAAGAGGGAUUAUAAACCUGGAGGUACCCAAUCCACUUAUUUCAAUGAUCCCAAGUGGCCAAGCAUGUGGUACAUGCACUGCAGUGAUAACACUCACCAUUGCCAAUCAGAUAUGAAUAUCGUAGGUGCUUGGAAGAGAGGUUACACUGGAAAGAAUGUUGUGGUGACCAUCUUGGAUGACGGCAUUGAAAGAAACCAUCCAGACUUGAUGCAAAAUUAUGAUUCACAAGCCAGUUUUGAUGUCAAUGGAAAUGAUUUUGACCCUAUGCCUCGAUACGAUGCCAGCAACGAGAACAAGCAUGGAACCCGUUGUGCUGGAGAAGUGGCAGCCACUGCAAACAACUCACACUGCACAGUGGGAAUCGCCUUUAAUGCCAAGAUUGGAGGUGUCAGGAUGCUGGAUGGAGAUGUCACAGACAUGGUAGAAGCAAAGUCUCUGAGCCUUAAUCCCCAGCACAUCCACAUCUACAGUGCUAGCUGGGGGCCUGAUGACGACGGCAAAACUGUAGACGGACCUGCUUCUCUAGCACGUCAGGCCUUUGAGAAUGGCAUCCGAAUGGGACGAAGAGGAUUAGGCUCAGUUUUUGUUUGGGCAUCUGGAAAUGGUGGAAGGAGUCGAGACCACUGCUCCUGUGAUGGCUACACCAAUAGCAUCUACACUAUCUCCAUAAGCAGCACAGCUGAAAGCGGGAAGAAGCCAUGGUACCUGGAAGAAUGUGCCUCCACACUAGCUACAACAUACAGCAGUGGAGAAUCCUACGACAGGAAAAUAAUCACCACAGACCUGAGGCAGCGUUGCACAGACAGCCAUACUGGAACGUCAGCCUCUGCACCAAUGGCUGCAGGCAUCAUUGCACUGGCACUGGAAGCAAAUCCAUUUCUGACAUGGAGAGACAUACAACACAUUAUUGUCAGGACUUCUCGUGCUGGACAUCUGAAUGCUAAUGACUGGAAAACCAAUGCAGCUGGUUAUAAGGUGAGCCACCUCUAUGGAUUUGGACUGAUGGAUGCUGAAGCAAUGGUGAUAGAGGCAGAAAAGUGGACAACAGUCCCUCCACAGCAUGUGUGUGUAGAGAACACGGAUCGGCAAAUCAAAACAAUAAGACCUGACAGUGUCGUCCGUUCAAUUUACAAAGCCACAGGCUGUUCUGAUAAUCCUAAUCACCACGUGAUCUACUUGGAGCACGUUGUUGUGCGCAUCACUAUUACUCACCCUCGACGUGGAGACCUGGCAAUUUACCUAACCUCUCCUUCUGGAACCAGAUCACAGCUCUUGGCCAACAGGCUAUUUGAUCAUUCCAUGGAAGGAUUCAAAAACUGGGAGUUUAUGACUACUCACUGCUGGAGUGAAAAAGCAGCAGGUGAUUGGAUCUUGGAAAUCUGUGACACGCCAUCUCAGCUGAGAAAUUUCAAGACUCCAGGCAAAUUGAAAGAGUGGUCCUUAGUACUGUAUGGAACAUCCAUCCAGCCAUAUUCGCCAAGAAAUGAUUUUCCAAAAGUGGAAAGAGUACGCUCCAGCCCAGUUGAAGAUCCUACAGAAGAUUAUGGAACAGAAGAUUAUUCAGGUCCGUGCAAUGCAGAAUGCAGUAAAGUAGGGUGUGAUGGGCCAGGACCAGAUCAUUGUACUGACUGUCUUCACUACUACUACAAAUCCAAGAACAACACACGGAUCUGUGUUUCGACCUGCCCACCUGGUCACUACAAUGCAGACAAGAAACGCUGUAAAAAAUGCUCACCCAAUUGUGAAACCUGUGUUGGAGGCCAUAGUGACCAGUGCAUGACCUGUAAAUCUGGCUACUACCUGAAUGAAGUAACCAAUAGCUGUAUUACCACCUGCCCCGAUGGGUUUUACCUGGAUAAGAAUAAGAUUGUUUGCCGAAAAUGCAGUGAAAACUGUAAGACAUGCAUUGAAUUCCAAAUCUGCACAGAAUGCAAACAUGGGCUAAGUUUGCAUGGCACAAAAUGUGCUAUCCGCUGUGAAGAUGGAAAAUACCAUAAUGGCAGGGAAUGUGAACCAUGUCACCGUUCAUGUGCAACAUGUGCAGGUGGUGGAGUAGAUGCAUGCAUAAACUGCACACAGGGCUAUUUUAUGGAAGAUGGAAGGUGUGUGCAAUCCUGCAGUACUGGUUACUACCUUGAUCACUCUACUGAAAGUGGAUACAAAAGCUGCAAAAGAUGUGAUGCCAGCUGUUUGGAUUGCAGUGGUCAAGGAGACAGAAACUGUACCAUCUGCCCAAGUGGUUAUAACCUAGACUCUGGUGUCUGCGUAGUGGGAACAGUCUGCAAGGAUGCCACGGAAGAGUCCUGGGCCGAGGGAGGAUUCUGUAUGCUGGUGAAAAAGAACAAUCUCUGCCAGCGGAAAGUGCUCCAGCAACUGUGUUGCAGAACAUACGAAUAUCUUGAUGAUUCUCAGGAAUGUCAGUUGUGUGAAGCAUCCUGUCAGAAGUGCACUGGACCUGAGGUGGAUGACUGCAUCAGCUGCCCUAGAACAAGAUUCUUUGACAACGGUCGUUGUGUUAUGCAAUGCCCCAGGGGAAAGUUUGAAUUCAAAAAGCAAUGUCAUUUGUGCCAUCAUACCUGCCAGGACUGCAGUGGAAGUGAACCUAACAAAUGCACUGCUUGUGGAACAGAUAGACGAGGGAUGGAGCGUUUUCUGUACCGUGGGGAGUGCAGAGAAAGUUGUCCCCCAGGUCACUACCAUUCAGAGCACACCUGUGUGCCCUGCUCUAGUCACUGUGAAGUGUGCCUGAAUACUAGACACUGCAAAAGAUGUACCAGAGGAUACUAUCUUAACCAAAAUAUAUGUCAGAAGCAUAGCUGUAGAGAAGGUGAAUUGGAAGAUCCUGAUACUGAAGACUGUGUGCCUUGUUCAGAAGGAUGUCAGAACUGUCAAUUGGAUGACCCAAGAAUCUGCAAGACAUGUGUUCCGAACUACUACAUGUAUAAACAGAGUUGUUAUAAACACUGUCCAGACAAUACCUACAGUGAUGAAACUUCCCUGCAAUGUAAAGAGUGUCCUAGCAACUGUGAUAGCUGUGACAAGAACAAAUGUGACUUUUGUAAGGAAGGCUUUUAUCUCUCAGGUGGCACAUGCGUGACUGAGUGUGGAGCUGGCUUCUUCAUUGAUGACAUGUCUAGAGAAUGUGAACCUUGUCACAAGAGCUGCACAACAUGUGUUGGAUACAGCUAUGAGAAUUGCACUGCAUGCCCAAAAGAUUUCCAGCUUUCUCAUGGACAGUGUCUGAAUCCAAGAAAUUAUCCACCCAGUGGGAAAUUCUGGAGUGCUGCAAAAAAACAGUUGCAACCAUGUGAUCCUUCAUGUAGGACCUGUGACAAAUCUGCUGACAGGUGCACUUCAUGUCCAGAAGGAAAAUUUCUUGCCCACAAUACAUGUGUCUCUCAGUGCCCACAACAAACUUUUGCCGAUGUUGGAAGUGGGAAGUGUGAAAUGUGCAUGGACAAUUGUGAGGUCUGCUCCGAUCCCUGGCACUGCCAGAAGUGUCAGGCUGACCAAGGACAGUCUUUCUUCCUCCACAAUGGCAGAUGCUUACAGGAAUGCCCUGAGGGAUACUUCAACGAUUCUGGGAUUUGCAAGCAAUGCAGUGGUUCCUGUAAGACAUGUGAGGGAAGUGCUACCAAAUGCCAGUCAUGCAAAAGUCCUUUGCUUCUGGAGCAGUGGGAAUGUAAACCUACCUGUUCACAGAAACAUUUUGCCUUUGAUGGAAUCUGUAAACAUUGCCCUGCUAUGUGUCUGGAGUGCAUUCACAGUGAAACGUGCAAAGAGUGUGUGGAUGGGUUCUUCCUGCAUGAAGGGAAAUGUGUAGAGGACUGCCCUACCCAAUUCUAUGAUGAAGACAAUCACUGCUUUCCCUGCCAUGGAGACUGCAAGAACUGCAACGGACCAGACUCAGACGACUGUACUGAGUGUGCAGUCAGCUACUUUGUCCUAUAUGAUGGCAUGUGUUCUGAAGAGUGCCCUGAAGGGACUUAUUAUGAAGAUGAGACUGAAGACUGUCAAGCAUGCAAUAGGACAUGCAAGACUUGUUCUUCAUCCACUGCCUGCCUUACGUGCAGAAACGGCCUGAUCCUGAAUCGUAACGGACACUGCAUGCUAUCUGGACACUGCUCUCGCACCGAGUACUAUGAUGACAAAACUGAGACCUGCAAAACUUGUCAUAAGAAAUGUUUUCACUGCUCAGGACCAACUGAACACCAGUGUAUUAGUUGUGCAAAUAACCGCUAUCUUUUCAAUACAACCUGUGUUGAAACAUGCCCAGCUGGGUACUACGCUGACAGUGAUGAAGGACGGUGUUCCCCAUGCCACAUCACCUGUGCCACCUGCAAUGGAAAACACAGCUCGCAGUGCCUUUCCUGUAAACCAGGCUUGUAUCGGCAAGGAAAAGGAUGCGUAAGCCAGUGUCCAACAGGCUAUUUUGCACAAAACUCCACUGGGUCAUGCGAGCGCUGCCACAAGGGCUGUAAGGAGUGCAUGGGGCCUCAACCAACAGACUGCCUUUUCUGUGAUACAUACUUCUACCUGCUGCACUCCAAGAACCAAUGUGUUAGCUCUUGUCCUGAAUAUUACUAUGAAAACAAGGAUGACAAUGUCUGUGAAAGAUGCCACCCUUUCUGCCGAACUUGUGAAGGAAAGGAAGGAUUCAGCUGCACAUCUUGUGUAUGGAGCUACAGUUUGUUAAAUGGAAUAUGCAGCUCAGACUGCUUUGUAGGUUACUACAAAGUCCAGGAGGCACCAGAACAAGAGGGGGAUGAGACAAAGUGUGAGAGAUGUGACAGCACAUGCACGGAGUGCAAGGGGCCUGGACCUCUCAACUGUACCAUCUGCCCAGCUGGCAUGCAGCUCUAUCUGGAAGAAGGCCGCUGCCUACCCUGCUGCAGUGACACUGACCCAGCAGACAUCCCAGAGUGCUGUGACUGCAAUGAAACACAAGAUGACUGUGUGUUACGAACCAAGUUACAACCAGCAAGCAAAAACAAGAGCGCUUUCUUUGUCAUUAUCUGUAUUUUACUUAUCCUCGUCAUUGGAGCCAUUGUAGUCAUCUGGAGAAAAUCAAAAUCAAAACCACGCACUGCCAGUAAAGGUAGGUAUGAGAAGCUGACAAAUGACUCCAAAACCCUUCCUUCCUAUGCGAGCAAUUAUCAUGAGAGCCCAAGCUAUCAGGAAGACCAAGUGAUUGAAUACAGAGAUCGAGAUAUUGAAGAUGAUGAUGAAGAAGAUGACAUUGUAUACAUGGGUCAGGAUGGCACAGUCUAUCAUAAAUUUAGGUAUGGACUUUUGGAGGAUGAUGAAGAAGAUGAGCUUGAAUAUGAUGAUGAAAGUUAUUCAUUUAGAUAACUCUAUUGUCUUAUGGGUUUUCUGCUCUGUUGCUUUUCCUAUGAAAUUGCAGCAAUUUAGUUAAGUAUGUCUAUUUGCUCCUUUUUAGUCUGAACUUAAGAUUUUAACUAACACUUAUUUUGAGAGCAGAAUGGUUUCUAAAAACAUUUUCUUCCUGAAGCUUUACAUAAAUCCCUCUUAGGCUUUUAAAUUGCACUCCAGACGUAUGUUGUUUAAAAGAAUACAUUCCUAUGCAUUUCCGUGGGCAGUAAAUCCCUUCACAAUGUGUAUGCACAUGCACUGUGAUAAGCACAAACAUCCAUUCAAACUGUACAUACGUACUUACUGCAAACUUUGCUACUCUUUUUUAAAAUGGUGCAGAUAUAGACAAGAUCGUUGUAUUUGUCUACGUGACAAAUAUCUCUGGAGUAGCGUUCCAGUAGUUUACUACAUUGUGAUUAUAGUUAAAUAGACUUUUGUAAUAGCACGGGCAAGGUUUCUGAUUCUAGCCAGAUUUUCUUUGUUGAUGUCACCUGGUGCAGCUAUGCUCCUCAAAGCCAAUGCAUUUCUGCUUAUAAUCUUGUGGCAUAGUUCCCAAUGAAAUUGUGCACUAAUUACAUGAUUUUUAGGAGUUGAGAUUGUGACUGCUCCAGAUUGCUUCACUGUACUCAUGGUUUGUAUGAAAAAUAUUGAAAAUAUUUUAUGUAGCAAUUUCUGAUUACUCUUUAUUCAAGAGCUUGUUAGAUAGUCUUUUGUUGCACACACAGACUUCUUGGUUUACUGCGAAGGGAAAUAUGGUCUAUAAAUACAGCCACAAAACAGCACUCCUUUCCUUUCUAAUUAGCUUCUCAAGCUACAGAUGAUUUAAAUACCAUUUGUUCAAGUAAGUUUCACAUUUCUGAUGUAAAUGCCUCAAGUUUAUUGGAGGAUGGCAAAGGGGAUAACUAAUAUUUAUUUAGUAAUGUAAUUUAAAGGAACACAGUAAUGUGAUUUUUGUAUUACUACAAAAAUUUAAUUCAUUGUACUAAAGGAUGCUCCUUA